AUGAUUGACAACCUCUGCAUAGAGGCCUUUGGGCUCUUAUGGGUUUUCUCAAUCAAGUUGGGUGCAUUUUGUCUCUAUCUACAAGGCACACUUAGCAGACUGUAUACACCAGCCUAUAUUUCACUAAAAGAGCUUUGCCUUAGCAGGACUCUGGGAAUGCAAAUGUAGGCAGGUCUCAGUCUGACAGCUUUAUGCUGGUUCCUCUCUCAGCCUCCGCCACAGCCACACAGGUGUACGCCUCUGAAAAGAAUGAAACCGUCUGCCUUCCAAUGAAAAUGCAUUCUGCUGGAAUUUAUCAUGUGUCUGACAUGCACCAGGUGUCUUCAACCAAGCAGAGAGCUUUUGCUGAAAAUCUGCGAGGGCCCAUGCAUUGCAGAUAUAGUAGACCUUGCUUAGGCUUGCUUCGAGAAUAUGACUGAAAUUCUUCAUUGCACAUUUUUGGCUUUUAUAGUUGGACAGCUCUGAGCAUGGCUGACUAAUGUUGCGAUGUAGAGAGGGUGUUAGCGAACCCCAUUCUAUACGUCUUUAAUUAGUGCUCUCGUUAAUCUAGUGCUCUAUGGGCUUGUUAAUUAGACUCACUCUUCCUAAGGCCGCCACGCAGCCAGGCAGAAGACGGGACCAGCAUCUCUCAGAGAACUCAAAUCAUCUUCAAACUCUUGACCCACCUCAAUUUACCUUCAGGCUUGUCCUUCUGGAUGUGUUCAAGUGUGGAUGUCAGAAGAAGAAGACUGACUUGAUUCCUCCCAUUGAACAGUGGCUACAGGCUGAGGCGUCAGUUUUGAUCGUGCUGGUUACAGCCCAAGGGCUCUCUUUAUGAUCCAUAAGUAAUGUUCCUUUCUCAUUACCACUCCCCCCCCCCCUCCUUAUGUCAUUGACCGUCUCACCGAUUUUUCCCUUCCAACCACUGAAUAUCACAAUGACAGCCGUGAUGACCAGGGCCAGACUAAUGCAUUUUGGGCCCCGGGAGCACCUACCUCUAGGUAUCCCCAACCUUAAUUGUGGUACAGUAGUUCAGGUGAGUUGACGUAUCAAUGGUGAGUAAUUGGUCCUCGUCCAUGACGAAGUGAUGUACUGUACACUACUUAAUUUGCCGGUUCAGAUUUGGCACAAGGGUAGUCAGGUGGCCUACAUAACCCAACACAUCAAACCUAUCAUCACAUAGACCCACAUUGCGGCGUAGUCAACACACAUCAUGUUCACCCUCUGACAAAAGCCAUUAUGGGAUGGGUCAGAUGUGUUAACGAUACUCUCAUCUCUGUCUCCUCAGAUAACUCUCUCUAAGGGGAUGUGUGUCUGUGGUUAGGAGAGAGAGACGUGUGCGUCACGUGCGUGCAGGGAGCUUGUGCCACGGUUGGCCAUAAUAACAAUGGGUUCAGAUAUGGGGGUGAGAAAAGGUAAAGUUCCAACGUUACAACAUAGAGACGUCAUGGGGUCUUGGAGAACUUCACAGAACAACACAGACUCCAGGCUACUUGGGUUCCUGUGUCCAUCCCCUCUUCCCAACUAUCUCCCGGUCUCAGUUCUUCUCACACCCAGAAAGGCCAUCUGAGGUUGGAGUUGUGAGCUGAAGUGACUCAGGAUGUAUGGAAGGGUCUAGAGGCAAGAUUACCCACCUCAGUGGCUGGCGUCCAUAUUGCAACGAGACGUUUGUCGCGCAUGAUGUGACAAAUGGCCUUGUUGCAGGUGAGGAGGAUUCAAGACAAACAGCGUCAAUGCAAAUAGUCAUCACGCCAUCUGAAGAUGAAUGGAAAGGAUCAUUAGUGGUAUCAGAAGCUACCUGUUGAACUGCUCGUUUUACUAUGUUCAUUCUCUAGCAUCAUAUUGAUUUUGUGUGUGUACAGUGCAUUCGGAAAGUAUUCAGACCCCUUGACUUUUCCACAUUUUGUUACGUUACAGCCUUAUUCUAAAAUGGAUUACAUUUAACAUUUUACUCAUCAAUCUACACACCAUACCCUAUAAUGACAAAGUGAAAACAGGUUUUUAUAAAUUUUUUCACAUUUAUAUAUAAAAUAAAUAAAUAUAUUCCUUAUUUACAUAAGUAUUCAGACCGUUUGCUAUGAGACUCGAAAUUGAGCUUGAGAUGUUUCUACAACUUAAUUGGAGUCCACCUGUGGUAAAUUCAAUUGAUUGGACAUGAUUUGGAAAGGCACACACCUGUCUGUAUAAGGUCCAACAGUUGACAGUGCAUGUCAGAGCAAAAACCAAGCCAUGAGGUCGAAGGAAUUGUCUGUAGAGCUCCGAGACAGGAUUGUGUCGAGGCACAAAACAUUUCUGCAGCAUUGAAGGUCCCCAAGAACACAGUGGCCUCCAUCAUUCUUAAAUGGAACAAGUUUGGAACCCCCAAGACUCUUCCUAGAGCUGGCCGCCCGACCAAACUGAGCAAUCGAGGGAGAAGGGCCUUGGUCAGGGAGGUGACCAAGAACCCGAUGGUCACUCUGACAGAGCUCCAGAGUUCCUCUGUGAAGAUGGGAGAACCUUCCAGAAGGACAACCAUCUCUGCAGCACUCCACCAAUCAGGCAUUCCACCCGAGUUACUGCCUGUUCACCCCGCUGUCAUCCAGAAGGCGAGGUCAGUACAGGUGCAUCAAAGCUGGGACUGAGAGACUGAAAAACAGCUUCUAUCUCAAGGUCAUCAGACUGUUAAACAGCCAUCACUAGCACAGAGAGGCUGCUUCCUAAAUACAGACUUGAAAAUCACUGGCCACUGUAAUAAAUGGAACAUUAGUCACUUUAAUAAUGCCACUUUAAUAAGGUAUACAUAUCUUGCAUUACCCAUCUCAUAUGUAUAUACUGUAUUCUAUACUAUCUGAGUUUUGUAGUGUGUGUGUGUGUGUGUGUGUGUGUGUGUGUGUGUGUGCGCGCGCGCGUGCGUGUGUGUGUGUGUGUGUGUGUGUGUGUGUGUGUGUGUGUGUGUGUGUGUGUGUGUGUGUGUGUGUGUGUGUGUGUGUGGUGUACAAAACUCAUCCCACUACCAUUCUACCCUGGAGGGGAGCGGGGCCACCCGCCUCUUGCAAUCAUUAGUCUCUUUCAAAACAAAUUAGCACGGAACCCUAGAGAUGUGUUACAAGUGAGUGUUGUCAGCAUGUGGUAUGUGGCAGCCAAAUUGAAAUGACAAAGAAAUGAUCAGUCUAUAAUUGUAAUGGUAGGUUUCUUUGAACAGUGAGAGACAGAAUAACAACAAAAAAAUCCAGACAAACACAUGUCAAAAAUGUUAUAAAUUGAUUUGCAUUUUAAUGAGGGAAAUAAGACUCUUAAAGGGAGUGCUCCUAAUCUCAGUUUGUUACCUGUAUAAAAGACACCUGUCCACAGAAGCAAUCAAUCAAUCAGAUUCCAAACUCUCCACCAUGGCCAAGACCAAAGAGCUCUCCAAGGAUGUCAGGGACAAGAUUGUAGACCUACACAAGGCUGGAAUGGGCUACAAGACCAUCGCCAAGCAGCUUGGUGAGAAGGUGACAACAGUUGGUGCGAUUAUUCGCAAAUGGAAGAAACACAAAAGACCUGUCAAUCUCCCUAGGCCUGGGGCUCCAUGCAAGAUCUCACCUCGUGGAGUUGCAAUGGUAAUGAGAACGGUGAGGAAUCAGCCCAGAACUACACGGGAGGAUCUUGUCAAUGAUCUCAAGGCAGCUGGGAACAUAGUCACCAAGAAAACAAUUGGUAACACACUACGCCGUGAAGGACUGAAAUCCUGCAGCACCCGCAAGGCCCCCCUGCUCAAGAAAGCACAUAUACAGGGCCGUCUGAAGUUUGCCAAUGAACAUCUGAAUGAUUUAGAGGAGAACUGGGUGAAAGUGUUGUGGUCAGAUGAGACCAAAAUCGAGCUCUUUGGCAUCAACUCAACUCGCCGUGUUUGGAGGAGGAGGAAUGUUGCCUAUGACCCCAAGAACACCACCCCCACCGUCAAACAUGGAGGUGGAAACGUUAUGCUUUGGGGGUGUUUUUCUGCUAAGGGGACAGGACAACUUCAUCGCAUCAAAGGGACGAUGGACGGGGCCAUGUACCGCCAAAUCUUGGGUGAGAACCUCCUUCCCUCAGCCAGGGCAUUGAAAAUGGGUCGUGGAUGGGUAUUCCAGCAUGACAAUGACCCAAAACACACGGCCAAGGCAACAAAGGAGUGGCUCAAGAAGAAGCACAUUAAGGUCCUGGAGUGGCCUAGCCAGUCUCCAGACCUUAAUCCCAUAGAAAAUAUGUGGAGGGAGCUGAAGGUUCGAGUUGCCAAACUUCAGCCUCGAAACCUUAAUGACUUGGAGAAGAUCUGCAAAGAGGAGUGGAACAACAUCCCUCCUGAGAUGUUUGCAAACCUGGUGGCCAACUACAAGAAUCGUCUGACCUCUGUGAUUGCCAACAAGGGUUUUGCCACCAAGUACUAAGUAAUGUUUUGCAGAGGGGUCAAAUACUUAUUUCCCUCAUUAAAAUGCAAAUCAAUUUAUAACAUUUUUGACAUGCGUUUUUCUGGAUUGUUUUGUUGUUAUUCUGUCUCUCACUGUUCAAAUAAACCUACCAUUAAAAUUAUAGACUGAUCAUGUCUUUGUCAGUGGGCAAACGUACAAAAUCAGCAGGGGAUCAAAUACUUUUUUCCCUCACUGUAUAUAUUGUUUGUAUUUACCCUGUAUAUUAACUAUUUGUACUGUGUGAUUUAGAGUGCUAAUUGAAGGCUAUAUUCAAAGCCCAUUUUUAUUGCCAUAUACACUGCUAUUUGUGUAGCACUUAGCAGGGGCUCAACUUUCACUGGGAACGGGGGGGACAUGUCCCCCAUACAUUCUGAAAUUGCAUUUUUGUCCCCCCCAGUUUUAUCAUUGGAACGUGAUAUAAAAUGCGGCAACAGUGUGCUUUAGGACCAUGCGGACCCCACCAAGCGGUCGGGUAGGCUGUUUGGAGUGUUUAUCUGACUGGAUUUAGGACAUUGCGGACACCACAGAGCGGGCUGAUAGGCUGUGUGAAGGCAAAGCUUCUGGAAGGCUGGCUGGACCAGCACGGGAGAGUUGAGCAUAGUACAGUGUGUACUUGUUGCGCACUUUCACCGAGUUGUAAAAGGAAGCAGAACAGAAACUGGCUACUCUUUAGUUGACUCUAACCGUAAACUAGUGUUUAUGCGCAGUGCUGAGCUAGAAUUGUAACUGACAUGUAAUGAUAGCUAAUGUUUCAUCCCCUCUUGACAGAGGUGAAUGAAUAAGCUACGCUAGUGAGUAGCUACCACAGUCAGAUCAGCUCUAGCCUCUAGUUAUCUGUCAGAUAGCGAUAUGAAGUGGCUAUUAUUAUCUAACAGCAGUUGUUUGUAUGAACUUGGCAAGCUUUCGCCAGUUGAUGUACCAUUAGGGAGAGGGCUGGCCAAAAGUUGGCUUACAUUAGCUAUUAUUUUUGCCUCAAUCAUACUACACCUGAAUCAAAUGAUGAAACCAUCGGCCAAACGAUUGAAGAUUGAUAUUCUGAUAUUCUGUUUUUUUUGUGCAAUGUGAGUUGUAUUAGUCAGUAUGUCAAUGUAAUGUUAUUGAUCUGUCAGUUUCCCAAGCUAAUUCCCUACUUUUCACACUGACACAGUAAUAAACAGCUCUAACGUUACAGGCUUUACUGUCAUGGUACACAGUAGAGGUCUGCGAGGGACCCAUUUCUUUGUCCAGCUCCCGCCCGCACCCGCUGGCUUUCUGUCCGACUCCACAGUCCUGCAAUGUUAUUUUAGGUGUUUGUGAUGCAGCUCACUUGCCAGCCAUGGUCCCAGCAAUUUUGUGCCCUAUAGGCAAUAUCAAAUGUGCAAAAAUAACUUAAGAAAUAGGUUAAAUUACCAGAGAUUCUAACAUGGCCCUUACAUUGUAUUACUGGGCUAUAUCAGCCAAUAUGCUAGAUGUAGUUUGAAGAGAGCAGAGUUGGAAAGACUUGCACUUUCUCUUGAGCUAUUUUUAAAGCCUACCUUUUAAGGAGAGGGAAGAUUUUCAGACGGAGAAAUAUGGCUGAUCAAUAUUUAGGCCUAUUUCUAGGCAAUAUAGUAAACUAUAGCCUAAUCAUAGGCCUAUUUAGGAAGUACAUUUCCUUGGAAAGAUAACUGCCCCGUGCUUCUCCGCCCAUGUAUACAUAGGCUAUAGCCUACUCUAUUUAAUUGAGACCACACGCGCACCUGAUCGCGCAGUAUGGCUACUGAACUGGAAGCAGCAAGAAUGAUGACAGCGACACUUGCUACAUUUUGCAUAGUCCUAUAGGAUAUAGCCUACCGUUUAGAAGGACGAUUUGCAGGCAGAGACUAAUAAAUGGGUAAUCCAUACUUAUUGAAAAUGAAAAGGCGCAACUCUCAUUCACCAUAGUAGCCUAACCUAUGUGCGCGUUAUGCUUUUUCCUUUUCAAUGAUGAUUACAUUUUUUGAUUGCACUUCGACUCACGUAGGUUGAGCGCCCUCCACUUCUUUUCAUUAUCAAUAUUUAUUUACAGACACUGUAGUAAACUACCGCCUGCAGCAUGAAAAAUGCAGACCGCGCUGCAAUGAUCUCUGUCGGGACCGGCAGGUCCCGCAGGCAUCCCUCUAGUGCAGUCAGUACCCAACACUAUGCUCAUCAUGUCUUAGCAGGAUCAAAUGGUGACAGGGGCCCCAGCAGGGUCAGACAGCCAGGAAAGACCAGUCUAUGGAGCUCAGGUGAAUUUUGCAGUAAAUUCAGUGAAUGAUACAAAGUUCCAUCUUGAAUUUAUGGGUAGACCUACAGUAGCUACAGGACAGCAGCUUAAGCUUAAAGCUACAGUCUGGGAUCUGGGAAUAAUGGUCAUUUCAAUUAUUGAACCAUUGAUUCUAUAUUCUAUAAAUUAAUGUAUAAAUGUACACCAAGGUAAUUAUUUGUCAUGCCUCAUUUUAGGAGGAUCAGAUGGUGACAGGGGUCUCAGCAGAGUCAGGCAGCCAGGGAAGACCAGUCUGUGCAGAGGUUAGGUGAAUUUUUGCAGAUACAACACUUUAUUAUCUCUGUCCAGCAAACACUGGACAAGCCAGAUGCUAUUUUCCAAAGUUGAUUUCCAAACUGUAUCAAGGGUUGAUAGAGGCUUUUCCCGAUGACACACAACAUGUGAAACAAAAAUGUGAGGAAGACCUGGGAGUUGCUAUUGAUGUUGAUGAAUGGAUACAGAUAUGUUAGAAUGCCCAGUCAUGUUCAUAUAAUCUCAGACAUAAAUUACUGCAGUUUACGACCCUCCAUAGAACGUACCAUAUGUCAGUGAAACUGAAUAUCAUGCACUCAGAAAUUAUGUUAUUAUGCUGGAGAUGUAGAACACAAAAGGGGACAUAUUUGCCUAUGUUGUGGUCUUGUGAAGGCUGGCUGAAUUAUGGCAAAGAGUACAGUUGAAGUCGGAAGUUUACAUACACCUUAGCCAAAUACAUUUAAACUCAGUUUUUCACAAUUCCUGACAUUUAAUCCUAGUAAAACUUCCCUGUCUUAGGUCAGUUAGGAUCACCACUUUAUUUUAAGAAAGUGAAAUGUCAGAAUAAUAGUAGAGAGAAUGAUUUAUUUCAGCUUUUAUUUCUUUCAUCACAUUCCCAGUGGGUCAGAAGUUUACAUAUACUCAAUUAGUAUUUGGAAGCAUUGCCUUUCAAAUGUUUAACUUGGGUCAAACGUUUUGGGUAGCCUUCCAAAAGCUUCCCACAAUAAGUUGGGUGAAUUCUGGCCCAUUCCUCCUGACAAAGCUGGUGUAACUGAGUCAGGUUUGUAGGCCUCUUUGCUCGCACAUUAUUUUUCAGUUCUGCCCACAAAUGUUCUAUAGGAUUGAGGUCAGGGCUUUGUGAUGGCCACUACAAUACCUUGACUUUGUUGUCCUUAAGCCAUUUUGCCACAACUUUGGAAGUAUGCUUGGGGUCAUUGUUCAUUUGGAAGACCCAUUCGCGACCAAGCUUGAACUUCUUGACUGAUGUCUUGAGAUGUUGCUUCAAUAUAUCCACAUAAUUUUCCUUCCUCAUGAUGCCAUCUAUUUUGUGAAGUGCACCAGUCCCUCCUGCAGCAAAGCACCCCCACAGCAUGAUGCUGCCACCCCAAUGCUUCACGGUUGGGAGGGUGUUCUUCGGCAUGCAAGCAUCACCAUUUUUCCUCCAAACAUAACGAUGGUCAUUAUGGCCAAACAGUUCUAUUUUUGUUUCAUUAGACCAGAGGACAUUUCUCCAAAAAGUAUGAUCUUUGUCCCCAUGUGCAGUUGCAAACCGUAGUCUGGCUUUUUUAUGGCGGUUUUGGAGCAGUGGGUUCUUCUUUGCUGAGCGGCCUUUCAGGUUAUGUCGAUAUAGGACUUAUUUUACUGUGGAUAUAGAUACUUUUGUACCUGUUUCCUCCAGCAUCUUCACAAGGUCCUUUGCUGUUGUUCUGGGAUUGAUUUGCACUUUUUGCACCAAAGUACGUUCAUCUCUAGGAGACAGAACGCGUCUCCUUCCUAAGCGGUAUGACGGCUGCGUGGUCCCAUGGUGUUUAUACUUGCAUACUAUUGUUUGUACAGAUGAACGUGGUACCUUCAAGCGUUUGGAAAUUGCUCCCAAGGAUGAACCAGAGGUCUACCAUUUUUUUCUGAGGUCUUGGCUGAUUUCUUUUGAUUUUCCCAUGAUGUCAAGCAAAGAGGCACUGAGUUUGAAGGUAGGCCUUGAAAUAUAUCCACAGGUACACCUCCAAUUGAUUAAAAUGAUGUCAAUUAGCCUAUCAGAAGCUUCUAAAGCCAUGACAUAAUUUUCUGGAAUUUUUCAAGCUGUUUAAAGGCACAGUCAACUUAGUGUAUGUAAACUUCUGACCUACUAGAAUUGUGAUACAGUGAAUUAUAAGUGAAAUAAUCUGUCUGUAAACAAUUGUUGGAAAAAUUACUUGUGUCAUGCACAAAGUAGAUGUCCUAACUGACUUGCCAAAACUAUAAUUUGUUAACAAGAAAUGUGUGGAGUGGUUGAAAAACAAGUUUUACUGACUCCAACCUAAGUGUAUGUAAACUUCCGACUUCAACUGUAUGUUCUUUUGUCUCAGCAUGUCUACAGAUUCUCCCUUCUCCCUGUUUUUGUUUGCUUGGAAAAUGUUGAUACUGGAGACUGUUAUCAGAAGAAACUGUGUUUAUAGUGGCUAAUAAAUGCAUUGCUAUUAAUUGGAAGGUUGGUUAUCCUCCCCCAAUGUAUGCAAGAAAGUUAUGUAUAGUAUUACUAUAUUUAUUUUAAGAUUAAGGGUAUACUGUGCAACUUUCAUAAAGUCUGGAUGCCUUAUAUGGAAUACUGUACGACAAAAGGAGUGUAUUGAAAACAUGCCCACAUCAGGGGAGAUACCUAUUUAGGCAAUCCCUAGCUGCUGGGCUGCUCAGUCCUGGUCCUGGGGGUCUUAUGUACUGUUGUCACUCUGGCCUUGGCCUAACACACCUGAAACCAAUAAUGAAUGUUUCACUAAGAUCCUAAAGCUGAAUGGGGUGUGUUGGGUUGGGGUGCUACAGGGCCGUGGACCGCUAGAGGCAGGACGGGGUGACCUAGCUGUAUUGUGUGCAAGUAAAAAGAGCUCUACAGUACUGUUAGGCCUAUGAUGCAGAGCCCCACCUGUUUUGAGCCCCACCUGUUUACCAAUGAUGAUUCACCAAGGAUGGCGCCAGAGGGGAUGGCUGCUGUUUUAUGGACUCUUAACCAACCGCGCUAUUUUGUGUGUUGUUUCGCAUUGUUUGUAACUUAUUUUGUACAUAAUGUUGCUGCUACCGUCUCUUAUGACCGAAAAUAGCUUCUGGACAUCAGAACAGCGAUUACUCACCUUGAACUGGAUGAAUAAUUUUUAUUUUAUGAGUCGGACGAGAGGGAUUUGCUCCAGACACCCGACAGGGCCCUCAUCCCUGUCAUUCGCAGUAGAAAGAAAAGGAGAUAUCACAGAAGGAGAUCAGGGUGCUUGGUAAGGAGCUGGCGACGAUUGGCUAAUCUGCCUUUGCCAUCGAUACUAUUGGCCAACUUACAAUUGCAUGAUAAUAAAAUUGACGAACUACAGGCACGAAUAUCCUACCAACGGGACAUUGAAAACUGUAAUAUCUUAUGUUUCACCGAGUCAUGGCUGAACAAUGAGAUGAAUAACAUACAGCUGGCGGGUUAUACACUGUAUCGGCAGGAUAGAACAGCAGCCUCUGGUAAGACAAGGGGUGGAGGUCUAUGUAUAUUUGUAAACAACAGCUGGUGCACAAUAUCUAAGGAAGUCUCAAGGUUUUGCUCUCCUGAGGUAGAGUUUUCAUGAUAAGCUGUAGACCACACUAUCUACCAAGAGACUUUUCAUUUAUAUUCUUCGUAGCUGUCUAUUUACCACCACAAACUGAUGCUGGCACUAAGACCGCACUCAAUGAACUGUAUACGGCCAUAAGCAAACAGGAAAAUGCUCAUCCAGAGGCGGCGCUCCUAGUGGCCGGGGACUUUAAUGCAGGGAAACUGAAAUCCGUCUUACCUCAUUUCUACCAACAUGUUAAAUGUGCAAGCAGAGGGGAAAAAAACUCUAGACCACCUUUACUCCACACACAGAGACGCGUACAAAGCUCUCCCUCACCCUCCAUUUGGAAAAUCUGACCAUAAUUAUAUCCUCCUGAUUCCUGCUUACAAGCAAAAACUAAAGCAGGAAGCACCAGUGACUUGGUCAAUAAAAAAAGUGGUCAGAUGAAGCAGAUGCUAAGCUACAGGACUAUUUUGCUAGUACAGACUGGAAUAUGGAUUCUUCCGAUGGCAUUGAGGAGUACACCACAUCAGUCACUGGCUUCAUCAAUAAGUGCAUCGAUGACGUCAUCCCCACAGUGACUGUACGUACCCCAACCAGUAGCCAUGGAUUACAGGCAACAUCCGCACUGAGCUAAAGGGUAGAGCUGCCGCUUUCAAGGAGCGGGACUCUAACCCGGAAGCUUAUAAGAAAUGCAGCUAUGCCCUCCGACGAACCAUCAAACAGGCAAAGCGUCAAUACUGGACGACUAAGAUUGGAUUGUACUACACCGACUCCGACGCUCGUCGGAUGUGGCAGGGCUUGCAAACUAUUACAGACUACAAAGGGAAGCACAGCCGCGAGGCAAGUAACACUGAAACAUGCAUGAGAGCAUCAGCUGUUCCGGAUGACUGUGUGAUCACGCUCUUUGUAGCCGAUGUGAGUAAGACCUUUAAACAGGUCAACAUUCCCAGGAUGUGUACUCUGAGCAUGCGCAGACCAACUGGCAAGUGUCUUCACUGACAUUUUCAACCUCUCCCUGUCUGAGUCUGUAAUACCAACAUGUUUCAAGCAGACCACCAUAGUCCCUGGGCCCAAGAACACUAAGGUAACCUGCCUAAAUGACUACCGACCCGUAGCACUCAUGUCUGUAGCAAUGAAGUGCUUUGAAAGGCUGGUCAUGACUCACAUCCACACCAUUAUACCAGAAACCCUAGACCCACUCCAAUUUGCAUAUCGCCCCAACAGAUCCACAGAUGAUGCAAUCUCUAUUGCGCUCCACACUGCCCUUUCACACCUGGACAAAAGGACCAGCUAUGUGAGAAUGCUAUUCAUUGACUACAGCUCAGCUUUCAACACCAUUGUGCCCUCAAAGCUCAUCACUAAGCUAUGGACCCUGGGACUAAACACCUCCCUCUGCAACUGGAUCCUGGACUUCCUGACGGGCCUGCCCCAGGUCGUAAGGGUAGGUAACAACACAUCCGCCACGCUGAUCCUCAACACGGGGGCCCCUCAGGGGUGUGUGCUCAGUCCCCUCCUGUACUCCCUGUUCACUCAUGACUGCGUGGCCAGGCACGACUCCAACACCAUCAUUAAGUUUGAUCAAAAGGCUACCCUCUCCUACCCACUCCUUGUCAUGACACAUGUACUGGAGGCAGCUCUGCAGAGUGGUCACUAGCUGGCACAGCCACAAAGUCAUAAAAUCUGAUUUUAAACCUGACCCUAACCUUAACCACACUGCUAACCCUAAUGCCUAACCCUAACCUUAAUGCAAAUUUUUGUUUUAAUAAAUUUUUACGAUAAAACCAAUUUUGAUUUGACUUUGCAGCUGGCCCAUAUAGCAGAAAUCGCUCAGUUCUGCCUCCAGGGCAAGAUUCAUGAUAAUAAAUGUCAACCUGCUUCCCAAGCGGCCAAAGCGGCCUACCAAGAGGCCUACCAAAUGACAUACCACAUGGCCAACCAAUCGGACACCCCGGCCUACCAAGUGGCCACCCACACCAACCAAGCGUCCAUCCAGGCCCCAACCCAGGCCAUCCAGGCCUUAACACAGGCCAUCUAGACCUCAACCCAAACCCAGGCCAUCAGGGCCUCCACCUAGGCCAUCCAGGCCCCAACCCAAACCCAGGGAUUCCAGACCUCAACCCGAAUCCAGACCUCAACCCGAAUCCAGGCCUCAACCAAGGCCAUCCGGGCCUCAACCCAUGCCAUUCAGGCCUCAACCCAAACCCAGGGAAUCAAGACCUCAACCCGAAUCCAGGUAUCAACCCGAAUCCAGGCCUCAACCCGAACCCAGACCACCCAGGCCUCAACCCAGUCCACCCAGGCGUCAACCCGAACCCAGUCCACCCAGGCCUCAACCCGAACCCAGACCACCCAGGCCUCAACCCUGUCCACCCAGGCCUCAUCCCGAAUCCAGACCACCCAGGCCUUAACGUAGGCCAUCCAGGCCCCAACCCAGGCCAUUCAGGCAUCAACAUGAACCCAGGUCAUCCAGGCGUCAACCCAGGUUAUCCAGGCCUCAACCUGAACCCAGGCCAUCGAGAUCCCUACCCAGGCCAACCAGGCCUCAACCCAAUCCAUCCAGGCCCCAACCCAGGGCAUGCAGUCCCCAACCCAGGCCAACCAAGCAGUCAACCCAGCCCCUAGCAGAGCGGCCAACACUACCCCCAGGCCCCCUACACUCGCCUAGCUGCAAGUUACCAUCACCAGGAUCCAGCCCUCCACGCAGCAACCGGCUCAGCCCUACCAGUAUCCGGCCCAGCCUUACCAGUCUCCGGCUCAACCCUACCAGUGUCCGACACAGCCCUACCAGGCCCCCACACAGUAUCCGGCCCAGCCUGACCAGGCCCCCACGCAGCAACCGGCUCAGUCUUACCAGGCCUCAGCUCAGCUACCAGUCCAGCCUUACCAGGCCCCGGCUCAACUACCAGUCUAGCCUUACCAGGCCCCAGCUCAGCUACCAGUCCGGCCUUACCAGACCCCAGCUCAGCAACCAGCCCAGCCGUACCCUGCGCCAAGCCCAGUGGCUCUAGCUCAGCAAUUAGCUCAGCCUUACCAGGCCCAAAUCCAGAAACCAGCUCGGCCUUACCAGGCCAAAGUCCAGAAACCAGCUCGGCCUUACCAGGCCAAAGCCAACAACCAGCCCAGCCUUACCAGGCCAAAGUCCAACAACCAGCCCAGCCUUACUAGGCCCAAGUCCAGCAAACAGCUCAGCCUUACCAGGCCCCCAUGCAGCAACCGGCUCAGCCCUACCAGUCCCCGGCCCAUCCCUACCAUUCUCCAGCCCAGCCCAGCCCUACCAAGCCCACUCUCAGAAACUGGCCCAGCCCUACCAGGCUACCAGCUACCCCAAGCUCCAGAUUACCAGCUACCCCCGGCCAGCCAGCUACCCUCAGCCCCAGCCUGCCAGCUACCCUCUGCAAGACGCCACCAGCCAUUACCAAGCCCCCAGCCAUGUUAGCCCCAUCCUGCCACCAGAAGUGCGACCCCCCCCCCCCCCCCCCCCCCCCCCCCCGCCCGGAGUGUUACCCCACCAGUGCUCAGUGCACCAUGCCCUCAGAGCACUCCCCCUCUAAUGACCAGUGUGUCAUUCUCCCCGAACACUCCCUCUUCAGCGGCCUUCAACCCCCCCAAGCUCCCCCAAGCGGCCCACCCGGCCCCCACAUUGCCACCAGUAGCCAGUGUGCCCCCCAGAGUCCCUCCAUUGGCCACCACCUACACCCCCCGAUGUAGUGGCAAUUGGCUCAUCUGCCCUCUAUGGCACAUCACAGUUUGCAGCCCCCCUCUACCACAGGAGAUGCAUGCACAUUUGAGGGGCGGCUGUAAAAAACUCUUCCCACUUCCCUUCAACCCUGGAGGUGAGCCUCCCACCUACAAACAACCAGAUCAUGUCCACCUGAAAGAGGCGGGGCUACACCUUUAAAUGCCCCCAUCUGCAAUCAUUAGUCUCCUUCAAACCAAACCAGCACUGAACCCUAGAGGUGUGUUACUGACAGUAGGCAGGUAUCCGUUUGCCCAGGUUUAUUGAAAAAAAGCAAUGUAGCAAAAGAAAACAUUGCAACAUGUAUAAUAGUAAUGGCAGCUACAGGAAAAAUGUUCUAAUGAUUUACAUUUUCAUCUGUUUGACAGGGAGGGAUUUUUUAUUUGUUUAACUUUCUUUGUUGCAACACAUGAUGAUGAAAACUGUGUUUGUAGAAUAAAUUAUGAUUGCCGAAUAAUAACAUAUGCCGGGCACGUAAUGUCAUCACGUAACUAUAAAGCUCCACUCUACAAUUCUAAAUGCCAUGGCACGGACCGUGGUUGUGUGUUUAAUUGUUGGGCAGGGGAGGGGAGGGAGUUUUUGCACUGGUUUACAUUCGCUCUUCUGCUUGUAUUUUCCAUAUAAACAAUGGCUUGACUUACUUUUGAUAUUACCCUAAUAAAGUUUAGAAACAUUUGUGAAGGUUUGGUAUCGUGUGACUAUUAUUAAGCUUUAGCUACUGCAGGCCUAUAAUAUGAAGGCAGUGCGCCCCGGCGCUCCAACUGACUCCAACAGUUGAACUUGAGGUGAGGAAGUCUGUUUCAGGCCUACCAGAGUUACUCCUAUAAUCUAACAAUAUAAUGCUUAUCUUUAUACAAAAUAUUCUGAUAGAAAAUUAACAUCUAUAUCUGCAUAUCAGAAGCAGUAGCCAUCUGACAUACUGUAAAUAAAUGCAUGUCGGUAUCGCAGCAUGCCACCGGCAUAUCUCUAUCUCUCUCUAUCUCUCUGGGGUUAGGGCUAAGCUUCUCUUCCUUUAAAUAUAUACACCACCGGUCAAAAGUUUUAGAAUACAUUCUCAUUCAAGGGUUUUUCUUUAUUUUUACUAUUUUUUACAUUGUAGAAUAAUAGUGAAGACAUCAAAACUAUGAAAUAACACAUAUUGAAUCAUGUAGUAACCAAAAAAGUGUUAAACAAAUCAAAAUAUAUUUUAUUUGAGAUUCUUCAAAUAGCCUUCCUUUGCCUUGAUGACAGCUUUGCACACUCUUGGCAUUCUCUCAACCAGCUUCAUGAGGUAAUCGCCUGGAAUGCAUUUCAAUUAACAGGUGUGCCUUCUUAAAAGUUAAUUUGUGGAAUUGCUUUCCUUCUUAAUUUGUUUGAGCCAAUCCAGUUGUGUUGUGACAAGGUAGGGUUUGUAUACAGAAGAUAGCCCUAUUUGGUAAAAGACCAAGUCCAUAUUAUGGCAAGAACAGCUCAAAUAAGCAAAGAGAAAUGACAGUCCAUCAUUACUUUAAGACAUGAAGGUCAGUCAAUCUGGAAAAUGUCAAGAUCUUUGAAAGUUUCGUCAAGUGCAGUCGCAAAAACCAUCAAGCGCUAUGAUGAAACUGACUCAUGAGGACCGCCAUGACUGACUCUGGACCAGAGUUACCUCUGCUGCAGAGGAUAAGUUCAUUAGAGUUACCAGCCUCAGAAAUUGCAGCCCAAAUAAAUGCUUCACAGAGUUCAAGUCACAGACACAUCUCAACAUCAACUGUUCAGAGGUGACUGUGUGAAUCAGGCCUUCAUGGUCGAAUUGCUGCAAAGAAACCACUACUAAAGGACACCAAUAACAAGAAGAGACCUGCUUGGGCCAAGAAACACAAGCAAUGGACAUUUGACUGGUGGAAAUCUGUCCUUUGGUCUGGAGUCCAAAUUGGAGAUUUUUGGUUCCAUCCGCUGCGUCUUUGUGAGACACGGUGUGGGUGAACGGAUGAUCUCCGCAUGUGUAGUUCCCUACCAUAAAGCAUGGAGGAGGAGGUGUUAUGGUGUGGGGGUGCUUUGCUGAUGACACUGUCUGUGAUUUAUUUAGAAUUCAAGGCAAACUUAACCAGCAUGGCUACCACAGCAUUCUGCAACGAUACGCCAUCCCAUCUGGUUUGGGCUUAGUGGGACUAUCAUUUGUUUUUAAACAGGACAAUGCCCCAACACACCUCCAGACUUUGUAAGGGCUAUUUGACCAAGAAGGAGAGUGAUGGAGUGCUGCAUCAGAUGACCUGGCCUCCAUAAUCCCCCGACCUCAACCCAAUUGAGAUGGUUUGCAUCUGGGUCUCAUCCUGAGUCAUGAUAGUACGAACUGGCCGUGACUGACCCAGCAGACUCGCACCAGCUCUGCAACACUGUCUGCUCACAAGGAGCCACCAUUGGAAGACACGAGGAGUUACUACAUAACCUUAUGGAAGGGUUCCACACCUUGGCGGAACACCAUGACCAUGCCGUCAGUGCAUUGUUGGAACAAUUCCACGGACUAUCUAUUAGGCAGCAAGCCACAAUGGAAACCUCCCAGACUCUCAGUAACCCCACUACCAGGGGUGCUUCUCCCCAGCCUACCCCGGUUUCCCGAGAACCCUGCUUACCUCCUCCGGAGCGCUACGCUUGGGAUGCCGGAAUCUGCCGGGCGUUUCUCUCCCAGUGCUCCCUCAUUUUUAAGCUGUAGCCCUCUUCUUUUCCGUCGGACUGUUCGAUGAUGGCUUAUCUUAUAAUGCUGAUGUCACGGGAGGUUACUCGCCUGGGCUAUGGCGGUGUGGGAGCAACAAUCCACCGUUUGCCUUAGUCUGGAGGAUUUUGUGGUGGAAGUAAGGAAGGUGUUCGAUUCUCCGUUGUCUGGGAGAGAGGCGGCUCGGGAGCUACUACUACUACUACUGCGUCAAGACUCCCGUAGUGUGGCAGACUACGCGAUAGACUUUCACACUUUAGCCACAGAGAGUUCCUGGAACCCGGAAUCCCUGUUUGACACGUUCCUUCAUGGAUUAUCAGAGGGAAUUAAGGACAAGCUCGCAGCCCGGGAGCUGCCCUUGGACCUCAACUCUCUCAUAGCCUUGACCUUAAGGAUCGAUGGGCGACUACGGGAACGCGGUAGGGAGAGGAGGUCUGUUCCUGGGCACACACACCCGUCCACGGUUUUCCCCUCGCCUCCGAAGAACCCCGGAAAUCCCUGAUGCCUGCAUUCCCGAGAGAAUCCGAUGUCACCAGAGUUCCCUCAGAAGUCAUUGAGGACCGUCGACUCGCCUCCUCCUGCUCCAAUGCAACUGGGCAGGGCUAGAUUGUCCCCUGAGGAACGUUUACGCAAACUGAGCUCUAAAAGCUGUCUAUAUUGUGGAACUUCAGGAUAUUACAUAUUCACCUGUCCAGUAAAAUGCCCAGAUUCAUCAGUAGUGCCUCCAGUGCCUCCUGGAGAACCAGUUGUUUGUUAAGGCUGAGAAGUGUGAAUUUCAUCGCUGCACUAUCUCCUUUCUGGGAUGCGUCAUCGCUGCUGGGAAAAUUCAGAUGGAUCCGGACAAGGUCAGAGCGGUGGUAGUGUGGCCCCAACCCACAUCCAGAAUGAAGCUGCAACGUUUACUGGGGGGGCCCGGCUAACCAGUUUUUCAUCCCGGAUUCUGCCUGGUCCCCGGUCCUGGAAUGGGCUCAUUCCUCUAAUCUAAUUUGCAAUCCCGGCUCCCGCCGGCACCUGGCCUUCCUCUGAUAACGUUUUUGGUGGCCCACUAUGGUUUCUGACACCUCCGCAUUCGUUGCCGCAUGCACGGUGUGUGCUCAGAAUAAGACUCCGCGGCAAGCUCUGGCUGGCCUCCUUCAACCACUCUCUGUUCCUCUUCGCCCCUGGUCCCAUAUAUCCCUGGACUUUGUCACUGGUCUCCCUCCAUCUGAUGGCAACACCACCAUCCUUACGGUGGUGGAUAGGUUUUCCAAAGCCGCCCAUUUCAUCCCCCUUCCCAAGUUACCCUCAGCCAAGGAGACAGCCCAACUCAUGGUACAGCAUGUCUUCAGAAUCCAUGGACUUCCGGGUCGACAUAGUCUCUGAUCAUGGUCCUCAGUUCUAGUCCCGAUUCUGGAAGGCAUUCUGCACCCUCAUCGGGUCGUCGGCCAGCCUGUCCUCCGGGUUUCAUCCUCAAUCUAACGGCCAAUCGGAGUGUGUCAAUCAGGACCCGGAGAUGACUCUUUGGUGCCUCGUCUUGGCCAACCCCACCACCUGGAGCUAGCAAAUCGUGUUGGUGGAGUAGGCCCGGAACACCUUUCCCUGCUCGGCCACUGGUCUCUCGCCAUUCGAGUGUUCCAUGGGUUAUCAGCCCCCGCUCUACCCUGAGCAAGAGGAAGAGGUCAACAUACCCUCGGCCCAGAUGUUCGUCCGCCGCUGUCGGCGUACCUGGAAGAGAGUCCGCCACCGAACCCCGGCUCCCCGCUAUCGUCUCGGGCAGAGGGUAUGGCUGUCUACUCGGGAUCUGCCCCUCCGAGUGGAGUCCCGCAAACUUUCCCCCCGGUUCUUCGGCCCUUUCCCUUUCUCUAAAAUCCUUGGUCCCUCUGCUGUUCGUCUUCUGUUGCCACGCCCCCUCCAUAUCGAUCCUACGUUUCAUGUGUCCAAAAUAAAACCUGUGUCUCACUGUCCUUUGUCUUCUGUUUCCUUUGUCUCCUGCAUUUUCUGUUUGUCUGUUGCCAGUUCGUCUUGUUGUUUCCUCUUUCUGGUUUUUGUUCUAGUCUACCCGGUUACGACCUGUUUUGCCUGUCCUGACCCUGAGCCUGCCUGCCAUCUACGUCUGCCCACUAUUACCAGGUUUACGAACCCCUGCCUGUCCACAACCUGCUUUUUGCCUGCCCCUGUACGUUCAAUAAAUCUCUGAGACUUGAAUGAUUUGCCACAGAUGUCUGCAUCUGGGUCUCAUCCGGAGUCAUGAUAAUAUGCUUAAUUUAGAGUUAUUUAUGUAACUUUCGUUGUGAUACAAACGUUGGGCUAUAAGUUUUGAUUUUUAAUCAAUUUUAAGGCUGCAUGAUGUGACUGAUGAUUUGAAAAAAGUCGUAUGAAAGGCAUGAGCUCUGCUUUGUUUCUUGUGCAGGCUGUACACACUUCAUCAGUCUCGCAUUCACAAUUUGACAAGCACUUGAUAAUGCCUCAAAUUUCCCGGUGUCAUCCCUUUUGUGUGGCUGUAACGCCCCCCUAAAAAAAUCCAUGCCUUUUCCGGCCAUUGGCCAUUGUGGCUGAAUAUAAUAAUUAUAAUUCCCUUCUCCUUCUCUCGGCUGCGUGCUUUAAAGCACCUCUCACUCGAAUGGCUCUCAGUCACGUGAUCGGGUCUUUCUCACAGGCUACAAGUGACGACAGACACAUCGGGGACGCAACUGCUCGCGUCCUUAUCCAAUUCUGAGGCGCAUAUUGAAGAUAUUGGAAGAACUGUCCACAUGUACUUUUCGUCAGCCAACAAAAUGAGUAGGCCUAACGAACAGCAAAAGCACUAGCCUAUGUCAAUCUACUAUUCCCCAUAGCACAAAAGUUUACCUAUUCUAUUCUGUGCGAGAAAUAAAUAUUCCAAACACGGUCUGGGAAAGUUGUGGGAUGGGAUAGAUCCUAAAUUAAUACAACCACUAGCAUAAAAUAAAUGUGUUUUUAAGCAAUGAGGCUGACAUAACAAAUCAAAAUAGUUUAGCUUAAAAUGUUGAUAAACUAUUAGGCUAUUUCUUAACAUUAUAAGCGCAAUAAUGCGCACAUGACAGUAGGCUAUAAGCUUAAAUGUUCCAUUAGUGGGAAAACCCCAUUCUCAAAAGUGACUAUGCAAUUAUGCAUGUAAUGCUUUUAUUUUAAAGGUGCAUUUCUAUGGUGAAAAUUAUCUUCCCCAAACUUGAAACUCACACACUGCGUAUGUAUGCCAGUUAGGCUCUAAAUCGGUUGUAAAGCUGAUUAAUGUGCUUAAUUUUAAGAAGUUAUUUGGCCACUUUAGUUGUGAUACAAACCUUAUCAAAACAUAUAGGCCUGUGGGCUAGGCUACAUGAGGUGUGCGACUAUGAUUUGAAAAAGUAGCACAAAAAAAGCAUGCGUUUCUUGCCUUACUGCACACAAGCUGGGCAUCAUUCACAAGCGAUAAUAUAUCAUUCACAAAUGAUAGGCUAAUAUUGUCACCCAUCAGACUUUUCUUGAUUUAAUCUUUACAUUUUCAAAAUAAUAUAUGUAAGAGAAGAAAUGUGCUUAAUAUUAGGAAAGUUGAGAAAUAAAUAUAGUAGGCAUAGCCUAUAGAAAGCUGAUGGGAUUCUCCUCUUUUUAAUAGAGGCCAUCAAAACUCUGUUUUCUCACGCAAUUGUAUAGCCUAUAGAAAUGUUGCGCAACAUGAGCUCAUAAUAAUAUAAUAAUAUGCCAUUUAGCAGACGCUUUUAUCCAAAGCGACUUACAGUCAUGCGUGCAUACAUUUUUGUGUAUGGGUGGUCCCGGGGAUCGAACCCACUACCUUGGCGUUACAAUAAUAAUAAUAAUAAUAAUAUGCCAUUUAGCAGACGCUUUUAUCCAAAGCGACUUACAGUCAUGUGCGCAUACAUUUUUACGUAUGGGUGGUCCCGGGGAGCGCCGUGCUCUAUCAUGCGCUCUCAUUAAGUGUUUUGAUAACAUUUUUGAUUACAUUUGCAUUGAUGUCAGAGUGAUUAGAGGGACAAUAGAGUGCUGAGUACAAGGCAGUUAGCUAGUUUUGUAGGCUACUAUGACCAUCAGCAGCAUCAGAGCUUGGAGAAGCCUAAUUACUAUGACUAAACGGUCAUGUGGAAUUUGACUGCCAUCAUGAUGCGUGACCACCGGUGUGGCGGUAAUACGGUCACCAUAACAGCCCUAAGCCUAAUUCCUUUAAGCAGUGUGUUGGAGCCUAUUUCUUCCUAAUCAAGAAAUAAGAGGUAGAUAGCCAAACGGAAUUAUAGUAAACUAUCCAUAGAUUUUGUCAGCCAGUUCCUUCAGUCACCAUGCACUCCUUAAAUAUCUGUCAGUAAAGGGAUUGGUGUGUUAAGUUAAAACCAGGGCCAGAAUUGAUGGGGUAUGUGAGGGUAUUGUUGCUUUUCUUAAAGAAAAUGGCUAAAAGCAUAGGCCUACCCCUUGUUAGCUAAAAAGAAAAUAUAACAACGCUUUAGUCAACAAUACUUUAUGCUAGAAACAAGCUGUAAAAUGCAGGGGAAAGACGUGACUCCGAUGUAUAUGGGAUAUUUUUAGUUUGUCUCUUUGACAUUCAGAGGCUGAGCUACAACCUUCUAUAGCCGAGGAGACAAAACAUUUACUUUGCUUGUGAAGUAGGCUAACGUGCGAUUCUGUCACUACCACAAGCGUCCGAUAGCACCUUAAUUGGGGAGGACAGGCUCAUAGUAAUGGCUGGAACGGAAUCUGUGGAAUGAUAUCGAACAUAUCCAUGUGUUUGAUACCGUUCCAUUUACUCCAUUCCAGCCAUUAUUAUGAGCUGUCGUCCCCUCAGCAGCCUUCUGUGGUCACUAUCAAUUGAUGUUCAACAGGCUAUUAAACAACAUACUAACUCUAAAUCAGUCAGGAGCAAGCCAGGUAUCCUAAGCCAGGAAUCCGAAUGAAAAUUAAUAAUUUAGGCUAUAUUAGUAUUAUUUCAAGGCUAGGCUAUAGCCUGCUAUUAAAUAAAUAAAUUGUGAAGCAUUUGUGACACGCUACAGGCUGGCAGGAGCACUCAGCAUUUCAACAACACAUCAACAACAGCACUUCAACAACAUGCCUAUAAAUUUCGCAUUUAGGCGGUAUAACAUUUAUUUUUUAAAAGUAUUACUUAGAAUUAAAUAAUUCGGUUGUACAGUCAUUUCUACAGUGCCUUUCAAUUCACUUUAAGAAACACGAGUUCGGCCAGUCUUUGAUUUGAGGAUCAUGUUGUCACGAUCGUCCUGAGAAGAAGUGGACCAAUGCACAGCGUGAUAAGUGAACAUACUUUUUUAUUAAUUCACCACGAAACAAAACAACAAACGAUACGAAACGUGAAGUCCUUGGUUACAAUACAAACCAUACGGAACAAGAUCCCACAACACACUGUGGAAAACAGGCUGCCUAAGUAUGGUUCCCAAUCAGAGACAACAAGCAACAGCUGAUACAAUUUGCCUCUGAUUGAGAACCACACCGGCCAACAUAGAAACAAAUGAACUAGAAUAUAACCCUAGCACACAAAACACAUAGAAACAACACACCCUGGCUCAACAUAACAGAGUCCCAGAGCCAGGGCGUGACAGUACCCCCCCCCAAAGGCGCGGACUGCAACCGCGCCAAACAUAAACCGAACAGGGGAGGGCCGGGUGGGCAUUCCUCCUCGGAGGCGGUUCCGGCUCCGGGCUUGACCCCCACCCUCCAACAAACCCCCUAAAGCGCCCCUGGUCCGGUCUGGCCCUGCUGGCCGGAGCUGGACUGAACACUGGUGGAGCGGAUUGCUCUAGCUCUGGAGUGGAGCAGCUGACCGGUGCCGGACCAGGCACCGGUGGAACAGGCACGGGCUGUGCCGGACUGACGACGCGCACCACAGGCUUGGUGCGGGGAGCAGGGACGGGCCGGACCGGGCUGACGACGCGCACCAUUGGCUUGGUGCGGGGAGCAGGGAGCAGGGACGGGCCGAACCUGGCUGACGAAGCGCACCACUGGCUUGGUGCGGGGAGCAGGAACAGGCCGGACCGGGCUGACGACGCGCACCAUUGGCUUGGUGCGGGGAGCAGGGACGGGCCGAACCGGGCUGACGAAGCGCACCACUGGCUUGGUGCGGGGAGCAGGAACAGGCCGGACCGAGCUGACGACGCGCACCACAGGCUUGGUGCGAGGGGCAGGAACAUGCCGGACCGGGCUGGCGACGCGCACCACAGGCUCGGUGCGAGGGACAGGAACAAGCCGGACCGUACUGGGGACACACACCACUGGCCCUACGCGGGGAUCAGGAACGGGCCGGACCGGACUGGCAACACACCCCAGUACCUCUCGCCGUGCCUCUACAUUAUCCUUCCCCCUGGUGACCAGUGACUCCCGUAACCUGGCGGCCUCCUUUGCCAACCCGCUGAACCACUUUAUCCCGGCCUCCUGCUGCCCCGUCGUCCACGGCGUGAGCCCCCCCCUAAAAAAUUUCUGGGCGUCUCUCCUCCCCGUGGGCCAGGCCUCCAUGGCUCUCGCCAGACUCUCGCUCCUCUGCUCCAAAGUCCAGCCUCUCUCCUCCUCACGCUGCUUGACCCAGUCGAGGUUGAUAUUCAUCAGAGUCACCUCUGGCGUUGGCUCCUGGACACGCUGCUUGGUCCAAUUAUGGUGGGAUCUUCUGUCACGAUCGUCCUGAGAAGAAGUGGACCAAUGCGCAGCGUGAUAAGUGAACAUACUUUUUUAUUAAUUCACCACGAAACAAAACAACAAACGAUACGAAACGUGAAGUCCUUGGUUACAAUACAAACCAUACGGAACAAGAUCCCACAACACACUGUGGAAAACAGGCUGCCUAAGUAUGGUCCCCAAUCAGAGACAACAAGCAACAGCUGAUACACGUUGCCUCUGAUUGAGAACCACACCGGCCAACAUAGAAACAAAUGAACUAGAAUAUAACCCUAGCACACAAAACACAUAGAAACAACACACCCUGGCUCAACAUAACAGAGUCCCAGAGCCAGGGCGUGACACAUGUGGUGAGCUAUGCAUGCCUAGUUUGUUAAUUUAGCCUAGCAGAUGCUCUUAUAUUCCCAUGCCCUAAUCACAGUCAACACAAAUCUAUUUUGUAACAACAAUAUCAUGGAAUAAAAUAGAAUAAAUUAGAAAAUGAUAGUUUCCUAAAUGAAUGAUAUGUGGCUGCUCUUAAAAAAAACGAAUGGCUUUUUCUGUAAUUCAUUGAUGAUCAGAUACUUCAGUUGUAACUGGUUCUGUUGUGCUCAAUUUUGACAGUUAAUAGACAACUUUAGUACUGUUCCAAACUUAGACUAUCCUCUUUUUUAACAAUAGCCUGAAUAGAAGUCAAAACGUCUCCGGUGCUGCAGCAUGUGCUCAUUCGUUGUCAUGCUCUUUUGUGGUAUAAAAACAUAUUCUGCUUGUCUCCAGUCAUGUAAAAUGACGUAGAAUAGCAUGAAAUGUGUUUAUAAAAGGAUUAAAAAAAAUUGAACCCAAAUAAGAUAAUAGAUUUAUGCAGUACUUUUAUUAUAAUGGAGAUAUUUUCCCCCCUACCCUUGUCUGUGGUGGUCUGUGAAUCCACAACCUUCUGGCUACUUUGCCAUGUAAUGCUUACAAAACAAAGAUCCGUUUUUAAAACUGCAUAUCUAAGGCUCUGGUCUGUCCUAGGAGUGAGGGUAAACGGUGGGCAUGUUCUCUGCCACUUUAUGUUUUAAUUAUUAUUCUGGGUGUAGGGGAGGGUCACUUGUUUUUUUUCAAGUGUUCAGGGAGGAUUGGGUAAAACUAUAUUUUACUGAAGAGAGGGCCAUGCAUUUUCAUUACAGAGAGGUCAGAUUUUCUCCAGGUAUCCCUCAUUAUAAAUAACGAAGAGUCCCUUAGUACAGUGCUAAUUGAAGGCUAUUUUCAAAGCCCAUUUUUGUUGCCGUAUAGACUGCUAUUUGUGUAGUACUUAGUACCUCAGUUCGUAUAAAUACAUUUACCUUUAUUGCGCCUGUGCAACUGCUUUGUACUAACAUUGCCUUAUUUCUGUUUGUACCUUAAUUAAACCAUCUAAAAUGUAUUUCCCAAAAACCAUCAAUGAAGCCAUAAAGACCAAAGACAAAUCUGUUUUACUAAAUUGGACAAAAGGCUACCAUCUCCAUGUGUUCUUGCAGAAGUACCCAUUGCGUUGCCUCCUACCAAGACUUUAAGCAAUUUUUCAUGUAGUACAGUGCCUUCAGAAAGUAUUCACACCCCUUUACUUUUUCCACAUUUGUUUGUGUUACAGCCUGAAUUUAAAAUGUAUUACAUCUAGAUGUUGUGUCACUGAUCUACACACAAUACCCAAUAAUGUCAAAGUGGAAUUAUGUUAUUAGAUAUUUUAGAUAUUAUUUUUACAAAUUAAUGAAAAUGAAAAGCUGAAAUGUUUUGAGUCAAUAAGUAUUCCGCCCCUUUGUUCAGGCAAGUCUAAAUAAGUUCAGGAGUAAAAAUCUGCUUAACAAGUCAGAUAAUAAGUUGCAUGGACUAACUCUGUGUGCAAUAAUGGUGUUUAACAUGAUUUUUGAAUGACUACCCCAUCUCUGUACCCCACUGUACAAUUAUCUGUAAGGUCCCUCAGUCGAGCAGGGAAUUUCAAACACAGAUUCAACCACAAAGACCAGGGAGGUCGCAAAGAAGGGCACCUAUUGGUAGUUGGGUAAAAAUAAAAAAUUAAGCAGACAUUGAAUAUCCCUUCGAGCAAGUAAUUAAUUACACUUUGGAUGGUGUAUCAAUACACCCAUUCACUACAAAGAUACAGGUGUAGUGGGCAGUAAUUUUAUAAUUUUUAUAUGAUAUUAUAAAUACCUCACAUGCGACUGGUAAUAAGACUAAGUAAUUAGCCUAUUAAAAUGUUUAUCUGACUCCAUAAGAUAAAUAGUAAUAUGCAAGAGACUAUAGUUGAGUUACAGUAAUUCACAAUGAAGAAAUGUCUGAGAAUGGAAUUCUGAAUACAAGUGUAUUUAAUUACUUUGUAAAAUGAAUGAUAACAUUACAAAGCAUUAACAAGUGUUACAAGGCAUUAUUCCAAGCAUGAUCAGAGAGAGGGCAAAGAAACCAUGACUGGUGCCAUGGCCCAUAGCUCAUGGGAGAGGGGGAGAGAGAGAAAGAACAAUUGUAGGUAUCUCACCACAGCAAGUCAGGAACAUAAAAGAGAAAGAACAAUGAAUCUAAGACCCUUUUAUGAGUUGUUUGGAUUCAAAAUCUGAGUUGUUGACCAAUAGUAUUGCUGUAAAGUUAACCUCCAAUCAGAUAUCAGACCUACAUGAUGUAACCUCUGCUUCUCAGAGGAGAGACAAUGGGGGUUGGCAAGAUCAACACAGAGGAAAUGAUUGUAUACUAUUUAUAAGAAGAGUCACUUCGGGGGCUGCCCUACCAGGCAUCCUUCCUAACUCAGUUGACGGAGAGGAAGGAAACCGCUCAGGGAUUUCACCAUGAGGCCAAUGGUGGUUUUAAACCAGUUACAAAGUUAAAUGGCUGUGAUAGGAGAAAACUGAGGAUGGAUCAACAACAUUGUAGUUACUCCACAAUACUAACCUAAAUGACUGAUUGAAAAUAAGGUAGCAUGUACAGAAUACAAAUAUUCUAAAACAUGCAUCCUGUUGGCACUAAAGUAAUACUGCAAAAAAAAUGUGGCAAAGAAAUGAACUUUUUGUCCUGAAUACAAAGCAUUACAGUGGGGGAAAAAACUAUUUAGUCAGCCACCAAUUGUGCAAGUUCUCCCACUUAAAAACAUGAGAGAGGCCUGUAAUUUUCAUCAAAGGUACACGUCAACUAUGACAGACAAAUUGAGAUUUUUUUUUCCUGAAAAUCACAUUGUAGGAUUUUUAAUGAAUUUAUUUGCAAAUUAUGGUGGAAAAUAAGUAUUUGGUCACCUACAAACAAGCAGGAUUUCUGGCUCUCACAGACCUGUAACUUCUUCUUUAAGAGGCUCCUCUGUCCUCCACUCGUUACCUGUAUUAAUGACACCUGUUUGAACUUGUUAUCAGUAUAAAUGACACCUGUCCACAACCUCAAACAGUCACACUCCAAACUCCACUAUGGCCAAGACCAAAGAGCUGUCAAAGGACACCAGAAACAAAAUUGUAGACCUGCACCAGGCUGGGAAGACUGAAUCUGCAAUAGGUAAGCAGCUUGGUUUGAAGAAAUCAACUGUGGGAGCAAUUAUUAUGAAAUGGAAGACAUACAAGACCACUGAUAAUCUCCCUCGAUCUGGGGCUCCACGCAAGAUCUCACCCCGUGGGGUCAAAAUGAUCACAAGAACGGUGAGCAAAAAUCCCAGAACCACACGGGGGGACCUAGUGAAUGACCUGCAGAGAGCUGGGACCAAAGUAACAAAGCCUACCAUCAGUAACACACUACGCCGCCAGGGACUCAAAUCCUGCAGUGCCAGACGUGUCCCCCUGCUUAAGCCAGUACAUGUCCAGGCCCGUCUGAAGUUUGCUAGAGUGCAUUUGGAUGAUCCAGAAGAGGAUUGGGAGAAUGUCAUAUGUUCAGAUGAAAACAAAAUAUAACUUUUAGGCAAAACCUCAACUCGUCGUGUUUGGAGGACAAAGAAUGCUGAGUUGCAUCCAAAGAACACCAUACCUAUUGUGAAGCAUGGGGGUGGAAACAUCAUGCUUUGGGGCUGUUAUUCUGCAAAGGGACCAGGACGACUGAUCCGUGUAAAGGAAAGAAUGAAUGGGGCCAUGUAUCGUGAGAUUUUGAGUGAAAACCUCCUUCCAUCAGCAAGGGCAUUGAAGAUGAAACGUGGCUGGGUCUUUCAGCAUGACAAUGAUCCCAAACACACCGCCCGGGCAACGAAGGAGUGGCUUCGUAAGAAGCAUUUCAAGGUCCUGGAGUGGCCUAGCCAGUCUCCAGAUCUCAACCCCACAGAAAAUCUUUGGAGGGAGUUAAAAGUCCGUGUUGCCCAGCGAUAGCCCCAAAACAUCACUGCUCUAGAGGAGAUCUGCAUGGAGGAAUGGGCCAAAAUACCAGCAACAGUGUGUGAAAACCUUGUGAAGACUUACAGAAAACGUUUGACCUGUGUCAUUGCCAACAAAGGGUAUAUAACAAAGUAUUGAGAAACUUUUGUUAUUGACCAAAUACUUAUUUUCCACCAUAAUUUGCAAAUAAAUUCAUUAAAAUGUGAUUUUCUGGAUUUUUUUUCUCAUUUUGUCUGUCAUAGUUGACGUGUACCUAUGAUGAAAAUUACAGGCCUCUCUCAUCUUUUUAAGUGGGAGAACUUGCACAAUUGGUGGCUGACUAAAUACUUUUUUCCCCCACUGUAUGUUUGGGACUAAUACAACACAACACAUCACUGAGUACAACUUCAUAUUUUCAAGCAUGGUGGGGUAUGCUUGUCAUCAGCAAGGACUAGGGAGUUUUUUUAGGAUAAAAAGAAAAGUAAUAGAGCUAAGCACAGGUAAAGUCCUAGAGGAAAACCUGGUUCAGUAUGCUUUCCAACAGACACUGGGAGACAAAUCCACCUUUCAGCAGGACAACCUAAAAUGCAAUUAUACACUGGAGUUACUUACCAAGACAUUACAUUUUACAUUUUAGUCAUUUAGCAGACUCUCUUAUCCAGAGUGACUUACAGUUAGUGCAUUGAUCUUAAGUUGGCUAGGUGGGUCAACCACAUGUCACAGUCAAGUACAUUUUUCCUGAGUUGCCUAGUUACAGUUUUGACUUAAAUUGGCUUGUAAAUCUAUGGCAAUACUUGAAAAUGGCUGUCUAGCUGUGAUCAACAACCAAUUUAACAGGUUGAAACAUUUUAUUAUGUAUUUUUUAAUUCUUCAACUUUGACAUUACUUAAUAUUUUGUGUAGAUUGUUGACAAAAAAAGGACAAUUAAAUCAAUUUUAAUCCCACUUUGUAACACAACAAAAUGUGAAAAAAGUCAAGGGGUGUGAAUACUUUCUGAAGGAACUGUAUAUGAGUGUAUACAGUGCAUUUGGAAAAUAUUCAGACAACCUUCACUUUUUCCACAUUUUGUUACGUUACAGCCUUAUUCUAAAAUUGAUUAAAUUGUUUUUCUCCCUCAUCAAUCUACUGCACAGUCGUGGUCAAAAGUUUUGAGAAUGACACAAAUACUAAUUUUCACAAAGUCUGCUGCCUCAGUUUUGAUGAUGGCAAUUUGCAUAUACUCCAGAAUGUCAUGAAGAGUGAUCAGAUGAAUUGCAAUUAAUUGCAAAGUCCUUCUUUGCCAUGAAAAUGAAUUAAUCCCCCAAAAACAUUUCCACUACAUUUCAGUCCUGCCACAAAAGGACCAGCUGCCAUCAUGUCAGUGAUUCUCUCGUUAACACAGGUGAGAGUGUUGACGAGGACAAGGCUGGAGAUCACUCUGUCAUGCUGAUUGAGUUAGAAUAACAGAUUGGAAGCUUUAAAAGGAGGGUGGUGCUUGAAAUCAUUGUUCUUCCUCUGUUAACCAUGGUUACCUGCAAGGAAACACGUGCCGUCAUCAUUGCUUUGCACAAAAAGGGCUUCACAGGCAAAGAUAUUGCUGCUAGUAAGAUUGCACCUAAAUCAACCAUUUAUCGGAUCAUCAAGAACUUCAAGGAGAGAGGUUAAAUUGUUGUGAAGAAGGCGUCAGGGCGCCCAAGAAAGUCCAGCAAGCGCCAGGACCGUCUCCUAAAGUUGAUUCAGCUGCGGGAUCGGGGCACCACCAGUGCAGAGCUUGCUCAGGAAUGGCAGCAGGCAGGUGUGAGUGCAUCUGCACGCACAGUGAGGCAAAUACUUUUGGAGGAUGGCCUGGUGUCAAGAAGGGCAGCAAAGAAGCCACUUCUCUCCAGGAAAAACAUCAGGGACAGACUGAUAUUCUGCAAAAGGUACAGGGAUUGGACUGCUGAGGACUGGGGUAAAGUCAUUUUCUCUGAUGAAUCCCCUUUCCGAUUGUUUGGGGCAUCUGGAAAACACCUUGUCCGGAGAAGACAAGGUGAGCGCUACCAUCAGUCCUGUGUCAUGCCAACAGUAAAGCAUCCUGAGACCAUUCAUGUGUGGGGUUGCUUCUCAGCCAAGGGAGUGGGCUCACUCACAUGUUUGCCUAAGAACACAGCCAUGAAUAAAGAAUGGUACCAACACAUCCUCCGAGAGCAACUUAUCCCAACCAUCCAAGAACAGUUUGGUGACGACCAAUGCCUUUUCCAGCAUGAUGGAGCACCUUGCCAUAAGGCAAAAGAGAUAACUAAGUGGCUCGGGGAACAAAACAUCAACAUUUUGGGUCCAUGGCCAGGAAACUCCCCAGACCUUAAUCCCAUUGAGAACUUGUGGUCGAUCCUCAAGAGGCGGGUGGACAAACAAAAACCCACAAAUUCUGACAAACUCCAAGCAUUGAUUAUGCAAGAAUGGGCUGCCAUCAGUCAGGAUGUGGCCCAGAAGUUAAUUGACAGCAUGCCAGGAUGGAUUGCAGAAGUCUUGAAAAAGAAGGGUCAACACUGCAAAUAUUGACUCUUUGCAUACACUUAACGUAAUUCUCAAUAAAAGCCUUUGACACUUAUGAAAUGCUUGUAAUUAUACUUCAGUGUACCAUAGUAAAAUCUGACAAAAAUAUCUAAAAACACUGAAGCAGCGAACUUUGUGAAGACCAAUACUUGUGUCAUUCUCAAAACGUUUGACCACGACUGUAUAUACUGAACAAAAAUAUAAACGCAACAUGCAAACAUUUCAGAUUUUACUGAGUCACAAUUCAUAUAAGGAAAUCAGUCAAUCUAAAGUAAUUCAUUAGGCCCUAAUCUAUGGAUUUCACAUGACUGGGCAGGGGUGCAGCCAUAGGUGGGCCUUGGAGGGCAUUGGCCCACCCACUUGGGAGACAGGCCCAGCCAAUCAGAAUGAGUUUUUCCUCACAAAAGGGCUUUAUUACAGACAGAAAUACUCCUCAGCACCCCUCCACCCUGCCCAUCCCCCUUCAGACGAUCCCGCAGGUGAAGAAGCCGGAUGUGGAGGUCCUGGGCUGGCGUGGCUACACGUGGUCUGCGGUUGUGAGGCUGGUUGGACGUACUGCCAAAUUCUCUAAAACAUUGUUGGAGGCAGCAAAUGGUAGAGAAAUGAACAUUCAAUUAUCUGGCAACAGCUUUGGUGGACAUUCCUGCAGUCAGCAUGCUAAUUGCAUGCUUCCACAAAACUUGAGACAUCUGUGGCAUUGUGUUGUGUGACAAAACGGCACAUUUUAAAGUGGCCUUUUAUUGACCCCAGCAAAAGGUGCACCUGUGUAAUUUUGUAUUUUAUUUUUAUUUCACCUUUAUUUAAUGAUCAUGCUGUUUAAUCAGCUUCUUGAUAUGCCACACCUGUCAGGUUGAUGGAUUAUCUUGGCAAAGGAGAAAUGCUCACUAACAGGGAUGUAAACAAAUGUGUGCACAAAAUGUGACAGAAAUAAGCUUUUUGAGCAUAUGGAACAUUUCUGGGAUUUUUUAUUUCAGCUCAUGAAACAUGGGACCAACACUUUACAUGUUGCUUUUAUAUUUUUGUUCAGUGUAUAAUAUAUGUGCUCUCCGCAUUUAGCUCAAGGUCCUCCUAAUUUAUCACACUGCCACAUCUUACAUUAUUCUUUUUUUCAAACAACACAAAACACACACAAACGACAGCAUACAAGCACACACAAACAUCAAUGACAUCACCUUGCCCAGACCCACCUGCUCACACCCCCAUCUCCAGCGCCCACAUCACUUCUCCGCCACAUGGCCUCAAACUGCACCAUUUUGUUUCUCUCCGUCUCCCACACACUUUCAACAUUUAUUUAAUAAAGCAUUUGACCUUUCCAUUGUGUUAACGAUGGAGGAUUGGUUGAUUUCUAGUUUUUAAGUAUAUGUUUUUUCAAGAGGAUUGAUGAGGAAAGUAUCAUCCAACCCAUUAGGUAUCGCACUGCAACCUCACAUGCUAUGUCUUGAAAUAUGCAGACAGACAGAUUAAACGUACAUUUACAUUGUAAUACUUCUGACAGCCAACUUUUUAACUCUGCCCAUAACUUUUGGACUUUAUAGCAUUCCCAGAAGGCAUGGAUUAUUGAGUCAUUGUUAGUUUUACACUUAAGACAUGACUCUGCUGUUGUGUUGUAGAAUUUGUGAAUGUUGUCUCUUGUAUAAUAUAUUAUAUACGUUAGUUUAUACUGGAUUAAGCGUACAUUUUAAUUAACUGUAAUUUCGUCAGUUACGUUCCAACGUUCCCUCCAUCUUGUGCCAAUAGCAGUUAUUGUUAAGUGUUGGUUCCAGUAGUUUCUAAGAGAUUGUCAGUUGAAUAUGCUCUCUGCAAGUUUUUUUUAUAUAUAUAACCUAUCGUGUAAACUUUUACGUUACAUUUACACUACAUUACCAAAAGUAUGUGGACACCUGCUCGUCGAACAUCUCAUUCCACAAUCAUGGGCAUUAAUAUGGAGUUGGUCCCCCCUUUGCUGCUAUAACAGCCUCCACUCUUCUGGUAAGGCUUUCCACUAGAUGUUGGAACAUUGCUGCAGGGACUUGCUUCCAUUCAGCCACAAGAGUAUUAGUGAGGUCGGGCACUGAUGUUGGCGAUUAACCUGGUUCGCCAUCGGCGUUCCAAUAAAUCCCAAAGGCUCUGUGCAGGCCAGUCAAGUUCUUCCACAGCGAUCUCGACAAACCAUUUCUGUAUGGACCUCGCUUUGUGCACGGGGGCAUUAUCAUGCUGAAACAGGAAAGGGCCUUCCCCUUUGAUGCAUGCACAUCUUCAAAUUUCAUGCAAUUCCACUCUUUUUGCCUUGGGUCAGAGAGAAAGUGUUUCAGUUUUAAACAAAUUUCCUGCAAUUCUACACAUUUUGCCACAACUUAUGCCAUGUUACAUAAUGAUAUCUGAGUGAGAGUGACUAACAAAAUGGAGGUCAGGGUCCCUGGGCACGUGCCCUGCAUGCCCGGUCGGUAUUCAGCCAUUAUUACUACAAGUUUAGAUAUCUGGCUGGACUAACUUACCAAUCUAAAAAUUGUUAGCUGACAUGGCUAGUUGAGUGACUGUCAGGUGACUGACAUAACAAGAUAACAUUUGCUGAUGCACAACUAAAUUUUUAACCAGCACCUUGUGUAUUCUACUCUUGUCACACCCUGACAUAGAGAUCUCUAGUUGGUUUGGUCAGGGUGUGAAUAUCUAUGUGUAGAUCUAGAAUGUGUAGAUCUAUGUUGGCCGGAUGUGGUUCCCAAUCAGAGGCAGCUGUCGAUCGUUGUCUCUGAUUGGGGAUCAUACUUAGGUAGCCAUGUUGCCUACCUUUUAGUUGUGGGAUCUUGUUUCAGUUUGGCUUGUUGGAUGUUUAGCCUUUUGAACUUCACGUUAUGUUGGAUAUUGUUAUUUUGUCUGUGUUUAAUAUAAUAAACGACUACGUACGCAUACCACGCUGCACCUUGGUCCAAUCCUUUACACGACGAACGUGACAGAAGAUCCCACCACCAACGGACCAAGCAGCAUGGCCAGGGGGAGCAAACAUGCUGGACACAGGUGGGGAACACAUUUUGGACAUGGGAGGAGAUAUUGGCUGGUAAAGGACCCUGAGCGAAGGAAGAGGCCCAGGCAGGAGAAGAUCAACGGCGACAUCGGAGUUCAGGACCGCGAAGGAAGCCCGAGACGCAACCCCAAUAAAAUGUUUGGGGGGGGCACACGGGGUGGUUGGCUAAGCAGCAGGAGGCCCAGAAAGACCUGCAGAUUAGCACUCUGACAGAAGAGACAACCACCUUACGGGGGCUGAUAGCGAAGAAGGAGCAGGAGAUCUCCCUUCAGAAGGAGGCGCUGCAGGAGGCCCUCAGGGAGAAGGAGUCAGUGAUUGCACGGAGAGAGGAGCUGGCCAGACAACAGGAGGAGCUGAGAGUGGAGAUGACCCUCCAGCAGCAGAGAGCUCAGUCCUUAGAGCAGAGGCUGGCGGAGCCAGGUUUAGCAGAGCCAACUCCCUGCACUCGCUUUGAGGAGCGUGUGACCAUGCAGGCACCAGGCUAUGCGCUGGCUUUACGCACUGUGCCGUCAGUGCGCCUUCACAGACCGGUAAGGCCCAUGCCUGCUCCUCACACCAAACCAGUGGUGCAUGUCUUCAGCCCGGCACGGCCCGUGCCUGCUCCUCGCACCAAACCAGUGGUGCAUGUUUCCAGUCCGGCACGGCCCGUGCCUGCUCCUCGCACUAAAUCAGUGGUGCGUGUCUCCAGUCCGGCACGGCCCGGGCCUGCUCCUCGCACCAAACCAGUGGUGCGUGUUUCCAGUCCGGUACGGCCCGUGCCUGCUCCUCGCACCAAAUCAGUGGUGCGUGUCUCCAGUCCGGUACGGCCCGUGCCUGCUCCUCGCACCAAAUCAGUGGUGCGUGUCUCCAGUCCGGCACGGCCCAGGCCUGCUCUUCGCACCAAACCAGUGGUGCGUGUUUCCAGUCCGGUACGGCCCGUGCCUGCUCCUCGCACCAAACCUGUGGUGCGUGUUUCCAGCCUGGUACGGUCCAGCCCAGGGUCAGAGCAGUCCACUCCACCGGUGCCUAGUCUAGCUCCGGUCAGCUGCUCCACUCCAGUGCCAGAGCAGUCCGCUCCACCGGUGCCCAGUCCAGCUCCGGUCAGCUGCUCCACUCCAGUGCCAGAGGAGUCCGCUCCACCGGUGCCUAGUCCAGCUCUGGUUAGCUGCUCCAGUCCAGAGACAGAGAAGUCUGCUCCACCGGGGUCCAGUUCAGCUCCGGGCAGCAGCUCCACUCCAGUACCAGAGUAGUCCGCUCCACCGGUGUCCAGUCCGGGUCCGGUCGUCUACUCUCCCACACCAGGGUCCAGACAGGACUUGGUGCAUCGCGGGAGGACUGCAGAGCCAGAACCAGACGUCAACCCCUCUCCAGGGUCUGGGCCUCCCACACCAGGGUCCAGACAGGGCUUGGUGCAUCAUGGGAGGAUUGCCGGUCCAGGCCCAGAUGUCAGCCCCUCUCCAGGGUCGGUGCCUCCCACACCAGGGUCCAGACAGGGCUUGGUGCAUCAUGGGAGGACUAAGAGGGGAUGCAUCGUGCCGGGGUCCAGACCGGACCAGGUGUGCAACGAGGAGCCAGAAAAGGAGAGGACAGUAAGGUUGACGUCGCGCCCGGAGACGGCGCCGCCACCGAGGCUAAAUGCCCACCUGGACCCUCCCCUAAUGAGUCAGUUUUGCGGCUGGAGUCCGCAACUUUGGGGGGGGGGGGGGGGGGUACUGUCACGCCUUGACAUAGAGAUCUCUAGUUGGUUUGGUCAGGGUGUGAAUAUCUAUGUGUAGAUCUAGAAUGUGUAGAUCUAUGUUGGCCGGGUGUGGUUCCCAAUCAGAGCCAGCUGUCGAUCGUUGUCUCUGAUUGGGGGUCAUACUUAGGUAGCCAUGUUGCCUACCUACUAGUUGUGGGAUCUUGUUUCAGUUUGUCUUGUUGGAUGUUUAGCCUUUUGAACUUCACAUUCUGUUGGAUUUUGUUAUUUUGUCGGUGUUUAAUAUAAUAAACGACUAUGUACGCAUACCACGCUGCACCUUGGUCCAAUCCUUUAAACGACGAACGUGACAACUCUUCUAACUCUCAACAGUAAGUUGAGACCCCGACUGAGUUCCUAAUAUUUAUUUCAAGAAACAUGUUUUUUGUUGUUUGUCUGGGGAUCUGUAGUGGCCUGGGGCCCUAAGCGACCGUUUAUGCCUGGAGUCGGCCCUGCAUUAGGGUCCUGUCUAAUUCUUUCUGGAAGAGUUCAAUUGCAAUUGCCAAUUUUUUUUAUUUACGUAUUUAAUACAUUUCUGGUCUUGAAGAUGCGUUCUGUUCAUUCCUCAUAUUCUGUCACUAAGUGUAUUUUCUGUUGGUGUAAUUAAGCAUGGUACCGGAGAAUGAUCCGAUAUCACUAACCCAGUAAAUUGUUGAGGGCAUUUUUGUAGAUUUGUUUUUGUGUCAAUUCUUGAAUAGCUUUUCUUACUUUGAGAAAAAAAGCAGUAGUCUUUUGUAGUUGGGAAUAGUAAACUCCAUGUGUCCUGUAAAUUAUUUGUAGAGAUUACAUUUUUCAGCCUCUUUGAAGGCUCCUUGAAUUUGCCCUUUUUAUUGCUAAGUCUGUUAAUCUUAUCAAAUGUAUGAUUUUAGGUUGCCUGCUAAAAUAAUAGUUCCUGUCUGGAUUUUAUCUAAUAUAGCUAGAAUUCUAAAAAUACCAGAUUUGCCCCUGGUGGGAUAUACUGUACAAUGAAAUCAAUGUGUAUCUUUCACCAUGGAAGGUACAAUUCAACAUUAGAAAAUGGCCUUCUUGGUCCGUGUGCUAGGAUAUAAGGGAAAAGGGUGUAUUCUUAUUUAUCAGGAUGCCUACAGCUCUGCUGUUACUACAGCAGGUGGCAGCAAAGGCCUCUCCAACCCAGCUCUUGUUUAAAUAUUCAAUAUGUCAUGUGAGGGCGGUGGGCAUUCCAUGGAUUGGAAAAGUCAUAGUAUGAAUACAGUUCAUAGUUAUUGUAUACAUUUGCCACAUCUCAAAUUAUAUCUAACCUAUAUGUAAACCGAGUGGCUGCAGAUCUGACUUUUUCCUGACCUUUUUUUCCUAGCUCUAAAGGUCCUGAUGCGUCUGCGCAGCUGUUUAUUAUCUACUUUAUGCACAGUCUCUGCUCUACUCCUAGAGAACAGGCUACUCUGGCGAAUGGUGCUCGUUUAAUAAAGUUUGAUCAAAGCUGAAUCAAUGUCUGCAAGACCACAUAGUAUUCUACGUAACAUAACCGAAUAUAAUAGCAUACUACAAAGUUACUAUAAGACAAAAACACCACUACUCAUGUGGCCAAAACUCAACAGCGUGCAACACUAGGCAAAAUACACAGGUAGGCUUUUCACCUGUAAAACUAGAAGAAUUAUCCUUCACGACUGACAAUGAGAAAUGUGAAGGGUAGGAGACCACAAAUGUGUGCGUAGAGGUAAAGAAACACAUGUGAUCGACACAUGCGCAGAAGCUUCAGGAACUUUAGUGCUGGGAAAGAAAGGUCCAGAAAAGUCGGAUCCGUACCCACUGCCAUAUGUAAUUUGUCCUGGAUAUCAAAACAGUACUAUGAUCAUCAUAACAACACCUUUUCCAACCCCAAGGUUCACUUAUGGUGCUUGACCCUUCUGUCACUGUUGCUUGAUUAGUCUAUCAGAGCUUGAUGUAAAGUCCACUGAACUACAAUUAAGAAAGAUAAAAAUAUGAUGAGAAAUUCUGAAAUACAUAAUGAGAGAACAUUUAAACAAUUAAAGAAGUAGUAGCUUAGGGGAGAAAAUGUGAAGAUGCCAAUCUAUAUCAAAAUAAAACGCAUGAUUUAUAGAUGACGCAUUCUGCUUUUCAUACACUGUAAUGGAAAACUGUAAUUUAUACGGUAAUUUUAGGUAUCAUCAACAGUAAAAAAUAACUUUUUCAGGCAGCAUACUGUAAAUUCUGGUGUAUUGUGGGAAAAUUGCUGUAUUUCGAAUGGUACUGUAAUUCCACCAAACAGAAUACAGUGCCGUACCAUAUCUUUGGAGCGCCAAAAACCUUUUGACCAGUAGUAGGUGCAUGGUAUUGUUGUUUCUGGCUCAUUAACAUAUUUUGAGGCGUGCCUUUUAAGAGGCUAUAUUUGUUGUGCCUGUUAGUGAGAAUGCUGUACCAAUUUAACUCCUAUGUGUUUAUAGUGCCCUUUCAAUUUAAAAUGUAUAGGGGAUAGAUUAGGGUGGCAGACAGUCUUAAACCUUAAAUGGUUGAGCAUUUUGCCAUGUCCUUUUGGUCUGUUUUGCCCUGUAGUCGCUGCCAGUUUGGAAGCCUUUGUUAAGGCCUCUAGAAGUGCAAGUGAUAUAAAACACAAAAUAUUCAUUAAUAUACUGUAAUGCAUAAACACUUUAUCAAGCAGCCAACCUGAUUGCACCAAUCUCUAGUAAUUACAGUAAAAUACUGUGAAGUACAAACCCCUACCAUAAAUUAAUUUAAUUCAUUCAUCCAUUAAUUAAUCAUAACAUUAUAUGAAUGUCCUGUGCAACCUAACUUAAACAUUUGAUGAAUGUCAUCACAACUGACCAUAUUUUGUGAACCUAUCUCUUGUAAUGUACCCACACUGUUCCCAUAGCCUAAUUAAAUGUUCUGGGAACCUUUGAAGAACUCAGAAAGUCUGUUCUGUUAACAUUCUUGAAACAUAAAUGGAAUGUUUUGUGCUCCCUGAUACAAACAUUAUCUGAACAUCAGCACAACUGGACAAUUUUAGUGUUUUGGGAACCUGUCUCUUGCCAUAUCCCCACAAUGUUCGCACAACCUAAAGAAACAUACUGGGAACCUUUUAAAGAACAGACAAAAUGUGUUCUAGGAACAUUAUUUUAACAUCAGGAAUGUUUUAUACAAAAUUUCUAUAAUCAUCUGUAGGACUGGACAGUUUUUGUGUCAUGGGAACUUUCACAGAACCAAUUUUGUUUUAAUGGAAAACAUCACUGGUACAUUGUGUUAUUACAUUACCUGGGAACCUAAUGAGAACUUUGGGGGAAUGUUCUGUGGUGGUUGUUACAGAUGUUGCGCACAACAUGUUAGUUGAUGUUAGGAGAACAUUCCAAGGAUAUUUCUUUAAUUUUUAUGAGAAAACAAAGAUUUUGUUAUCAAAAGCAACUGUAUAGCUAUGACAGCACGCUUUUAUGCACCAGCAAAACCAUCAAUUUGAGUGACAUUUUUAAGUAGGUUUGUCUAUACCUUUGAGGGUCAAUUACCAUACAAAUUUAGACGAGAGACCUAUUCCAAACGACCUUACCAUCUAAAAAAUGUAUGAGUGGCCCUAUGCUAUACAAAUCUCUGAGGUCUCACAGGUGAUAAUAGGCAAACAAAAGAGCGCAGAGCUGAGUUACCAACAUGACAAGACUCACCACAUCUCAAAGCAACCCUCAUUAGAUCAGCAUCAAUAUAUUAUGGUGGCCUACGUUAUUCCAAAACAUAAGGAACAUCGUGUGGGCCUAUGAUGUAGUAGGCUACAUUAUAAUUACCAUGUUUUUUUAAAUGUAGGCCUAAUUACAAUACAUGCAACGUUACAACAAGUAUUUAUAGUUGAGCAAUGGGAGGGUCUUGGUGUUGAUAGGCGGGUUGGCAGCCACAUUGCUAGUCUCGUUUCCCUCCGCUCUUUCUAAAUCCAAUCUGAAUAGGACAAUAUCCAAGCGGGAGAGCUGUGGGAAAGAGUGCACCCGGGAGUUUGUCCGCCUCCACCGAAGCAGCCCUUGUUCUAAACUCGGGUUGGACUCGGUCUCGGUCUGUUUGUGCGCGGAGCUCUGUGGCCAGAGAGAGAGAGAGAGAGAGAGAGAGAGAGAGAGAGAGAGAGAGAGAGAGCGAAUGAGGAAGAACUCUCAGUGCACCUUUUUGUCCUCCGAUAUGCAGAUUUGCUGAUAAAGCAUCAGUUAUCUGAUCAUCUCAUACAGGUCGUGGAAAACUGCCAGUGUAUGGGAAUCUUUAACUAUUUUUUCUUCACAUGGGUAUCUCUCCUUGAUCUCCUAUCUAACCCAAAACGAAUGUGAGCUGUAAUAGGCUACUUACUACUGACAGCUCUUGCGGCUCUCUAUUGGCAUUUUUACGUCUAGCCUAGGCUACAACAACUACUAUUGCUGACUUAUUCUGCCUGUGGAUCUUGCCGUUGCGUCUUAGAAAAGGUAUGAUUCUGUUACUAUUGUUAUCAUUAACAGAGCAAUAUUGGGUAUUUGUGUGACACAAUCUUCUUACAGCAAGUUUAGUCCAGGCGAUCACCCAAUAGAUGGAGUUGAGGAGUGCUUACUUCGAUGAUCGAAUGUUGCCGCAUGUCUUGGCUAGCCUAUACUAUUCUGUAUAGGGUAUUUGAUAUUUUACGGCUCUACUGGGAUUAGUAGACUAUUCUGUCUAAAAUCAGAAUGGUAAAGCCUGGAUGGAGACUUCUAUUGAGACUAUUUUAGCUUUUGAGAAUACCUCAAUUUGUAGGCAUUGGUUUUCCUUUUGCGCUUCCUUGCUCGCUUGCCUGCCACAAAAAGACGUGGUCGUUUGCGCUAAGCAGCAUUCCCAGAUACCGGUAUGCAAGUGAAAGUUGUGUAAAACGUCCAUUCACAUAGCAUAGAUAGAUUCAUGUCCGCAAUAGUAGGCUACAUAAGGCAAAUCGGGACCUAUUUGCGCUACUCCAUUGCGCCAAAUGCAUUCACGUAGCCUAUGCAGGUUAAAUGUGCAGGUUGUGCGGUCGCUCGCAUUGUGGUGAUUGGGACUUCUAAUAUGCGGAUUCAAUCUGUGGAUUAGAAAAUAGGGGUUUUCUAUUGAAUUAUGUUCUGUAGGCCUAGUCAUUAAUAUAUCAAAUGUAAUAAACUGAUGGUAACGUGUAAAACAAUAGAAAUCACAUAACCGUCCAUUUACAAGUAGCCUUUCUAUUGUAAAUCUGACAAGAAUAAUAGGCGUUCAACCGGGUAAAGAUGCACUAAAGGCGGCACCAAAUUGUAGGCUAUAUACCGCGUGACCAUUCCUUCAUAAUUGAUUUAUUAUAUAGCCUCAAAAGAUUGAUAAACUAGACCUAAAUUAUUAGUUAUCAUAUUUAGCCUACUGUCUUAUUAAUUUCUUAUUUAAGUUCAUUUUAAUAAAGAGCUAUAUAAAACAAUAAUUCAUUAUUAUGAAAAUAUGCCUAUGGAAAAGAUGGCUUAAACUUCAAUUAUAUGCUAUUAUAAUCUUGGAAAACAGAAAGGAAAACGCCGCACACUGCUGCUCAUGCUCCCAGGUGAUUUUAUUUAUAACAACGUUUCGACCCUUAGGUCUUCAUCAGGCAUCCAGUCUAUUAUAAUCUUGACUAGAUCUUUGCGUGUCUGCUUCCUUUCUGACUACAAUGAUGCUGACUUGUCCAGCCCCGUGAGUAGUGUCGCAUCACUCCCGCUUCACUGGAUGCUUCCCUUACCCGCGGUGUCUUAGCGCAUUUAGCAGGCAAUGCACACUCAAGAUCUACUCUCUUCCCUCUUAUUUCAAAGGUCGGGGAACCGUUCCUCCCCCGACCUGCACUGUAAGAAGAAUGAUAGUCACCAAUAUUACUGGUCAUUAUAGAGCAGGGAUGGGCAACUACAGGCUGAGUUUUUUUAGGAACUCAGUCGGGGUCAAGAGGGCGGCCGCUAAAAUGUUUUGCUCGCAAGGUUGGGGACCCACAAAACGCCCGCUUAGGGCCCCCAAAAGGCUAAGUCUGGCUCUGACUGCAUAUGUUGGUAUGGCUGUGGGUAGCAGACCCACAAGCCAUUGCGGCCCCUCAUGAUGAGUUCAGAUUUUUUUGUGGCCUCCACCCAAAUCAAAGUUGCCCAUCCCUGUUAUAGAGCCUUGUAAAAUAUUCUGGAUGCAAUCAAUCGGUCAUAAACUGCAAUGCAUGUGACAUAUCUGCAUAAUGUUCCCUACAAAGCAUAUGAAAUAUGUGAAAAGUCAUUAUCCCUGCAGAGAAUCAAUAAAAAUGUAUCUGCUGCUUCCUCCCUUCUCUCCAACCAAGUGGCAGACCCUAUAUGGUUGGUUCUCUUAUAGGCAUCACAGCUACUCACCAGGGGAAUUAUCCACCAAUAUGCAAUUGAUAUUAAAUGUAUACUAUGGUCAUAUUAUAUUAUCAUAUCAUUAACGUGAAUUACUACAUUGUUAUAACACUAUUAUUACAAUGAGAGCAUGUUGUGUUUCAUUUCCAGUCAUUCCAUUCUUUCAUUUCCCCCCUUUCUGUAGGUUUAGGAAGCAGAGGAAGUGAACCACUCCAGAAUCAUGGGACACUUUCAGAUCUUCCACAUUCUCUCCCUUGGCCUUCGGUUCGUGGCUGUUGUAGCGAUCCUGUUCCUCAAAUUCCAACAUGUGACGGCUAUGUCCUCGGACGUGGACUUGGAUCAGAUUGUGUCUCCUACUGCCAGCAGCAACGUUACUGUGUGCACUACAGCAGGCACAGCAUGCGAAAAAGGGGUGAUUCUGCCUGUCUGGGAACCUCAGAAUCCCUCAUUCGGGGACAAAGUGGCACGGGCAACAGUCUACUUCGUGGCCCUGGUGUACAUGUUUCUCGGAGUAUCCAUCAUCGCUGACCGUUUCAUGGCGUCCAUCGAGGUCAUCACAUCUCAGGAGAAAGAGAUCACUAUCAAGAGACCCAACGGAGAGACCACCACCACCACCGUGCGGAUCUGGAACGAGACCGUGUCCAACCUCACGCUCAUGGCCCUGGGUUCUAGUGCCCCUGAGAUCCUACUGUCCGUCAUUGAGGUUUGCGGACACGGUUUUGAUGCGGGAGCCUUGGGCCCCAGCACCAUCGUGGGCAGUGCCGCCUUCAACAUGUUUGUCAUCAUCGGCAUCUGUGUGUACGUGGUGCCCGACGGGGAGGUCCGGAAGGUCAAGCACCUGCGCGUCUUCUUCGUCACAGCCACCUGGAGCAUCUUCGCCUACAUCUGGCUCUACCUGAUCCUGGCUGUCAUCUCCCCUGGCAUAGUGCAGGUAUGGGAGGGCCUGCUCACCCUCUUCUUCUUCCCCAUCUGCGUGUUGUUCGCCUGGGUCGCUGACCGACGCCUGCUCUUCUACAAGUACGUCUACAAGCGCUACCGUACCGGCAAGCAGCGGGGCAUGAUCAUUGAGACCGAGGGCGACCGCCCGCUCCCGUCCAAAGUCGACAUCGAGAUGGAUGGGAAGAUGCUCAACUCUCACGCGGCGGACUUCCUGGACGGGCCUCUGGGGUUGGACCUGAACGUGAAGGACCUGGAUGAGGAGGAGACCCGGCGCGACAUGGCCAAGAUCCUCAAGGAGCUGAAGCAGAAGCACCCAGACAAGGAGGUGGAGCAGCUGAUUGAACUGGCCAACUACCAGGUAUUGAGUUCGCAGCAGAAGAGCAGGGCCUUCUACCGCUGCCAGGCCACCAGGCUCAUGACCGGCGCUGGGAACAUCCUGAAGAAGCAUGCAGCCGACCAGGCCCGCAAGGCCAUCAGCUUGCACGAGGUCCGCUCCGAUGUGGCAGAUAACGACCCCGUCUCCAAGAUCUACUUUGACCCUGGCUCCUACCAGUGCCUGGAGAACUGCGGCACAGUGGCAGUGAACGUGCUACGCCGAGGCGGCGACCUGACCAAGACUGUGUCGGUUGAUUUCCGUACGGAGGAUGGAUCAGCCAACGCGGGCUCGGACUACGAGUUUACCGAGGGGGUGGUGGUGUUCAAGCCCGGCGAGACCCAGAAAGAGAUCCGCGUGGGUAUUAUCGAUGAUGACAUCUUUGAGGAGGACGAGAACUUCCUGAUCCAUCUGAGCAACGUCAAAGUGCUGCUGGCAGAGGGGGAGGAGGUAGAGAACCCAGAGACAAAUCACGUGGAGGCGGUGGCCUGUCUCGGCCUGCCCGCUACGGCAACCGUGACCAUCUUUGAUGACGACCACGCCGGCAUCUUCACGUUCGAGGAGCCGGUGGCGCACGUGAGUGAGAGUGUGGGCACCAUGGAGGUGAAGGUGCUGCGUACAUCGGGGGCACGUGGGGUCGUCAUGGUGCCCUACAAGACUGUCGAGGGCACGGCACGCGGAUGUGGAGAGGACUUUGAAGAUACACACGGGGUCUUGGAGUUCCAGAACGAUGAAAUCUUGUAA